UUCCCAGGCCAAUGAAUUCCACUAGACCACUUUAAGGUUAGCUCAGCCGAAAUUGAGGAGGCUUUGCUGCAAUUCGUAUGCAGUUAGGGGCCAUCUGACUGAGCGGCGGCGUAUCAUACCACCACGGAAACUGGUUUUAAGCGUCGGUGGCCGAAGUCACCGACAACUUCGGAAUGAGAAUAGACUCAAUAUGUAGACGUAAAAGGCCACUGACAAAUCGGCAUCAUGCGACGACUUGGGAUGAGAUCAUGUUGAAUAUUUUCAAUGUUCCUUAAAUUUCAAAGAGUUUCCUUGUGUUGGACGAACAAUUCGUGGAUUCUUUAAAAACAAGAUGCUUCCGUCGUCUUUCGUUGCUGUCAGUGUGCUGCUGCUCACGCUGUACGCGAGCCACGCCGCCGCCGUCAGCAUGAAGGAACACCUGGCUGAUUGUCUGCGGGACAAAGACUACGACGAGCUGCUGCAGACUGUGAAGACUGGCCUUCCGCACAUAAACACAUCUCAUCAUGUCGUUAUUGUUGGAGCUGGCAUGGCUGGACUGACGGCUGCGAAGCUACUGCAGGACGCAGGACACAGGGUGACCAUAUUAGAGGCUAAUGGUCAUGUUGGAGGACGAGUGGAGACCCACAGGAAUGAAGAAGAGGGCUGGUAUGCUGAACUGGGAGCCAUGAGGAUCCCAAGUCAUCACCACAUCGUUCUCUGGUUUGCUAAAAAGCUGAAGGUCAAGCUAAAUGACUUCAUCAUGGAUGACCCCAACACCUUUUACUAUGUCAAUGGAGUGCUGAAGAAAACACACACGGUCCAAUCAAACCCUGACGUUCUGAAGUACAACGUGUGGCCAAGUGAGAAAGGGAAGUCAGCCGACGAGCUGCUACAACGAGCUUUGAAGAAGGUAAAAAAUGAGGUGGAGUCACAUGGCUACUGGGUCGCACUGAAAAAGUAUGACCGUUAUUCUGUGAAGGAGUAUCUGAGAGAAGAAGGAGGUCUAAGUCCAGAGGCAGUGAGGAUGAUCGGAGACCUGCUUAAUGAACAGAGCCUUAUGUACACAGCGCUGAGUGAGAUGAUCUAUGACCAGACUGAUAUCAAUGAUGACACUCGGUACUCAGAAGUGACCGGUGGGUCGGACCUUUUCCCCAAAGCUUUUCUUAACGUGCUCAGUGACUGUGUGAUUCUCCUCAACUCCAAGGUCAAACGCAUCAGUCAGUCAGAUAAAGGUGUGAUUGUAUCGUACCAGAGAGACCAACACUCGUCUUUUAUUGACCUUCCCGCCGACGUCGUCCUGGUAACGACCACAGCCAAGGCAGCUCUCUUCAUUGACUUUGAUCCACCUCUCUCCAACCCAAAGACGGAGGCACUGAGAGGGGUCCACUACGACAGCUCCACCAAAAUCAUCCUCACCUUCAGCAGGAAGUUUUGGGAAGAUGACGGCAUCCGAGGAGGAAAGAGCAUCACUGACGGACCCUCUCGUUUUAUCUACUACCCCAGCCACAGUUUCCCGACCAAUGAGACCAUCGGCGUCCUCCUGGCCUCCUACACCUGGUCUGAUGACUCCCUCCUCUUCCUAGGUGCCAGUGAUGAAGACCUGAAAGAGCUGGCUCUGAGAGAUUUGGCAAAGAUCCACGGCUAGCACUUCAAGUCUCUGUGCACAGGGGUGGUGGUGAAGAGGUGGAGCGAUGAUCCUUACAGCCUGGGCGCCUUCGCUCUCUUCACACCUUACCAACAUUUAGAGUACUCUAAGGAGCUGUUCAGACAUGAAGGCAGGGUGCACUUUGCUGGUGAACACACGGCCUUCCCUCACGCCUGGAUUGAGACCUCUAUGAAAUCUGCCAUCAGAGCUGCAGUCAACAUUAACAAAGUCACACUCUUGGAUUCAAACUCAGUUAAAUAUCCAGAGCGAGACGAGUUCUAGGGUCUGAAGAAUCAAGUCUCAGCAGAAACCAAAAAGUGCAACAUAUCUGGCUGAAGCCACAGAAAUGUGUUGUUAAAAUGCCACUUUGACAGAACACUAAUGAAUCAAACCUGUAUGUGCUAUAUGAAGUGUAUGUUGUUCAUAAUUACGUGUACAAAGGGAAGAAGAAAAGUAUUUAAUAAAGAAUAUUGAAAAGAAA